AUGAACCGAUUGGCGUUUGUUCGCAAUGUGUGGGCCGAUAUGUUGAAGCAUGGAGGCGUCGAAAAGGUCCUUUUUGACCAAAUGAAGGUCGUUGGCGCUGAGCCCAACAAGGUCGUCUUCGAUCUCCCCAUCGAUGAGCGCCAUAUCAAUCGGCUCGGCAUUGUUCAUGGUGGGGUGCUAUCAACGCUGGUGGAUAUUGGUGGAUCACUGGCACUUUGUAGCAACGGGGUGUUUUCAACCGGCGUGACUACUGACCUGGCCACAACAUUUCUCAAGGCUGCUGGAAAGCCCGGCCAGGUUGUCCGCAUGGAGGGCCAUUGCCAGAGAAUGGGCCGGACUAUGGCAUUCACGUUCGUUGAGUUGAAGAACCCUACAACCGGCGAACUUCUUGCCAGAGGCAACCACACCAAGUACAUUGCCAACAUCUGGAACUCCGAAAAAAAUGUAAAAUUUGACUAA